GGACUUCAAAAAAUCACAACCCAUGUGCACUUUCUACUUUUGAAAACUGGGAAACUUUAGACCUGUAAAUAAAGUAUAAUAUUUUUUAAGUCAUCACGUGCUGGUGUUUGACCAGUUUCCCAAGCUUCUAUUCAUCCAUCUCUUUCCUGUGUAUUGUUUUGGCAAGCAGACAAGAAAUAUUGUAGCUUCAAAACUGUACUCGACCUCAAUUCCAUUCCGCUUCUGUGCUUCUGUCUAGCUGGUUUUCAUUUUAUUAACUGUGAUUUUCAAUUCAAAAACAACAAAACUUCUCUGCUGUGGUUUAAUUUGGCAAUCGGACAAAUCUUCCAUUCACUGUAUAUUUUCAGGGAUGUCUACAUCUUUCCUCCUCUGUACUGCUUUGCAGCUGGGUCUUAAUUUGACCACCAAUUUGAAUUCAAAAUACCAUCUGGGUUCAUUUUCAAGUCUGCACGGGAAGAGGAUUUUCAAGACUUCAUGAAAGAGGCUAAUUAUAAUCAUCUGAAGCUUAACAAUUUUCCAUCCUUAAGGAGUGAUGGUUCUGGUUCUGCAUCUAAAAGAAGGCAGGUGUUUCAUAGCAAUACAGAAAAUACUCGACGAGAUGAAGCUGCCUACAAUAAUGCUAAUCUUGGUGGUCUACACGGAAGUCGUGGAAAUUCCGGGAAUCCUUCUGACUUAUUGUUGAUAACACCUUCAGGAGGUACUGUUUUUGACAUGAAUGCACAAGCAACUCCAACUGAACGACCUUCCCUCUCAAAUUUGACCAAUCAGAGCUUAAGACCAUCUGGCAGGGUCUGUAUGCUGAAUCUCAAGUAGAAAGUUUUAAAUAAUCAUCCAAAGUUGAAGCUCUGCUACAAGUACAUGAAGGAAGCUGUCUUCAUUCUGUAUGAGCCAUAUCUGGAUAAGUUUGCUCUAAAGCGUAUAGAAGCAAUAUGCCGCUGAUGUAUGAUGAUGCUUGAUGUGUGAUGAUGCUUAAUGCAUAGAAGCAGUAUCAAAGUAUCACUUACCAGCGAUCAAGAUUAGGAUGCUUGCAUGGAAACUAAGUAGCAAUUAAUUAAAAGGAUAUCAAUUAUUGUCCUCUUGAAAAAGAUGUUUUUGCAGCAAAAGUGGAUUUGUAUCACCUCCCUGUUUUAGAGAUACUUUUGAAUGGAGCAUGCAACUAUAAUGUAACUAUAGAUAAUUAUAGAUGUCUCUUUCCUAA